CUUUGUUCAAAUUGACUCCGUUGAUAUCAUCUUUUAGUUUCUUUGAUUGAUUGGGUAAGUUGCUGAAUUCACAAUAAUAAGUAUUGUCUGUUUAGACAAAAUAUCUAUAUACAUGUGACUUGCUUGAAAAGUAUCAUGUUUGUGACUAAAUCAAUAGCUAAAAUAUUUAAAAUAUAUAUAAACAAUGGUUUUUAUUACAGCUAACGACAAAUUCCGUAUUGGCUUAUAUAUAGGAGACCAAAACAUUUUCAACUCUGUUUCGACCCUUUUGGUAUGGAAGUUUCGCGAGCCAAUCCCACACCGGAGAAUACCUCCGAUCCGCUUAUCGGUGACUCUCCUUGCUGUUCCUGCCUCACCUUGGGGCCCUCGUGGUGGCAGCGGAAGACGAUCGGUUUAGACAGCAACCACCGCCACGAGCCACGGUGGUGGAUACGUGCGAUUCUGAAGAUCCGAGAGUGGUCGGAGAUCGUAGCUGGGCCACAGUGGAAGACUUUCAUCCGUCGGUUUAACCGAGAUCAACGCCGUGGCCGCGCCUGGGACAACAGCGCCAGACACAAGUACGAUACUUUGAGUUACAAGUUGAAUUUCAAGGAUGAGGGCGAAGACGAAGACGACGAUGAAGCUGGAUUCGGUGGAUUCCGGAGCUUCUCGAUGCGCUACGCUUCUGUCCCCGUUGUUUUUGGUAAAGCUCCGGCCGUUAUCGGCGUUGACUCCAUGAAAUAA